GCAGUAUUAUUUUGCUGUCCCUACUGGCGGUUUGGGCCCUAGUAGAGCCUGCGCGUGCAGCGUCUGCAACUUGCUCCGCGACCAGCAGUUCUGGGCCUGGAUCCUGCAGCAUGAAGUAUAGCCAGCAUGAAAUUCGCAUGCCAGCCAUGAAGCGCGGCUGCCAUUUGGUGACCGACCGGAUACUCAAGGAGAUCGGGUCAUCACUGUCCGGAUACAAAGUGGGGCUUGCCAACGUCUUCAUCCAGCACACCAGUGCCUCCCUCACAAUUAAUGAGAACGCGGACCCCGACGUGCGCAAGGACAUGGAGACCUUCCUCUCCCAGACAGUGCCCGAGGGCCGCGGCGCCCCCUGGGUGCACACGGACGAGGGGCCAGACGACAUGCCGGCGCACGUCAAGAGCUCCAUGUUCGGCGCCAGUCUCACCAUCCCCAUCACACAGGGCCGCCUGAACCUGGGCACGUGGCAGGGCAUCUGGCUGUGCGAGCACCGGGACCACGCGUCCGGCCGCAACAUCAUUGUGACGCUGCAGGGCGAGUAGGGGAGUGAGGAGCGGGAGUGGAACGGGCGGGGUGGUGAGGGGCGGGGUGGUGAGGGAUGGGGUAGAUAGCUUCGUCCAAGCUGGAUGAGCAGCCGUAGCCCAGCAGGUACAGCGGGUGCGGGCGAUGAUGAAGCGGGGGAUAAUUACAUUGGUAGUUGGUGAUCACGAGAACCGAGCCCAGAACGUGCUGGGCAGCAUUGCAAGCUGCUGGAAUAUGCACGUGGAAGAUGGGCAAACAUGAGUUUGGAGGCAUUGGUGGGGUGGCCCCAGUGCCUCCGCAGAAGCCGACGCAACGUUAUUUUGUUGUCAUUGUUUUGUCAUUGUUGGUAUCAGUGACUUGGUGUUGGGAAUGGAGGAGUAGUGUGACGAAGUGUCCAGGCGCAUGAAAGGGUGUUAGGGUGGAUCGAUGUAAGGAUGGACGUGGCGUGAAUGAGGUUGGGGUGGACGGGGUAAGCGUGGUUGAGGGCGGUAGUCCAAACCUGGCGCUGAAGACGGUAUGUAAACAUGCUCUUGAUGCACGACUAGGGCAUGAUUAGGUUAUGACAAGGAUGAAUUAUCAAUGAAUGGAUGAGAGCAAGUAGGCCGCGAACCGCGAUGGCGAGGUCUGAACCUGCCUGUUGUGACUGCGGGGCUCAACGGUGGGCGAUCGCCGCACACGGCUUUCUUUGUGGCGCCGAGCCAUAUAUACUCCACUCAUUCAUGAAAUGAUAUC